ACUCGCAUUAUCAUUAUGGAGGUCUAUUCAGGUUUGGAUACGAGAUCAACAAGUGAGGGGGGUCCAAGUGGUGGACUGUGGCCGUCCAGUGACCUCGUGGCCUUAGUGGAUAACGCCCUUCGCAUGGAUGAGGAUUAUUCGCAAGUCGAUAUAUUUGAUUCUUACCACAAAGAGGGCUACGAAGAUGCUCAGGGCCCCUAUGAGGACACUAGCAGAAGCUUUGAUGAAGUGCCUUACAGCCUCCAUCCAUACAACCCUCAGGAGAGCAGAGAAUCUCCCACCCCCUCCACUUUCAGCGUUUUGGAGGAAAGACUUUCUGAACGCAAACUCAGGCGAAAAUCUUCAUUCAAUGCGGAAGAGACUGAAGACGCAGACAGCGCUGGCGACAAAUUUGUGGCCUGCAAAGUAUGUGGCGAUAAGGCUUCUGGAUACCAUUAUGGCGUCACUUCCUGUGAAGGUUGCAAGGGAUUCUUUCGCCGAAGCAUUCAAAAGCAAAUCAACUAUAAAUGUCUUCGAGAUAAACAGUGUUUGGUUAUCCGUCUGAACAGAAACCGUUGCCAGUAUUGUAGAUUCCAAAAAUGUCUGAGUGUUGGAAUGUCAAAAGAUUCCGUAAGAUAUGGUAGAGUGCCGAAACGGUCGAGAGGAGGAAAGGGCGGUACAGAACUUGUAAAAAGCUCAUCAGAUUUCCGGCCCAUCAUGUAUGAUAUAAUUUUAAUUUUAUCUGAAGCCCAUAGAAUCCACUGCUCAUACACAGAGGAGAAGACGAGAGAUCUCAUUAGGAAGCCUGCAAUAUUUAGCCGAGCUGAUAUUACUGCCCUCGAAGGACAAGUGGGUGGCAGUAAUCGUGAAUUGCAGAAAAUUAUUGUUUGGCAGCAGUUCUCAGCCUUCCUCACUCCUUCAGUGCCUCAACUGGUGGAGUUUGCAAAACGUAUCCCAGGGUUUCUGGAUCUUAGCCAAGAUGAUCAGCUACGUACAAUUAAAUUAAGUUUCUUUGAGGUAUGGUUGAUCCAUGCUUCACGUCUCAUCAACUACAGGGAAGGGACAAUCACCUUCAGUGAUGGAACCUACAUGUCGAGACAGCAAAUGGAAGUGAUGUUUGAUAAUGAUUUUGUCACUCGUGUCUUCAACUUUGCCUGUUGGCUGAAUGACCUCAGGCUAAGUGAUUCAGAUGUUGCCCUUUAUUCUGCUAUUGUUUUACUCAAUCCAGAGAGGGAUGGCAUCUACGACAGCAAGGCCCUUCAACUAAGCCAAGACAAGUUAAUCAAAGCUUUAGAGUAUCAGUGGUCGCAAGACCAUCCUAACGAGCAACAUUCAUUUUUGACACUUCUCAAUAAACUGCAAGACCUGAGAGUGAUUGGAGAGCAGCAUUUAGAGCAUCUCGGGUGGUUUAGGGCGAAUUGGAAUUAUCUACGCAUCUCUCCUCUCUUUGCCGAAGUAUUUGACAUUCCAAGGGCAGAACAUGAAGUAGCUGAACGAUAGCAUGGUAUAUGAAUGAUGCCUAGCAAUAUUCAUCCUGUAGAUAUCAUUUACUACUUGCUGAUUUCUUAUUUAUUUUUGACAUAAAGAAAUGAUGACAUUUUUAAAUUUUUAUUUUCCAAUAUUUUCCCUGGAUGUGUUCAUUUUACUGAAUGCUGACGACGAAUGAAAACUUUUUAAAUUGUCUCUCGAGUUUCAAGGGUAAAAGAUUAUUUCGAAAAACUGUUUUUUUUUUUUUUUUUUUGAUGGGGAAGUGUUCUACGUUGUAUAUACAUCUAAUGGCUACAACCGUAGUGAAUUUAUAUUUUUCAAAACCAUGUCUAUUGUUUUUGACAAGCCUGGAUGUUCAAAUGUAUAUUAAGAAUCAUCAAUGCACUAACAUCAAUUUGUUGGUGCAUCAAGAAAUGGGAUUUUCCAAAAAAUUUCCCCUCUAAUCUCCGGAUUUUAUAUACAUUGCAAUAAAGAGCCGUAACAGUUGGCUUUUUGAUGUUAAUUUGUUUUUGACAUGAUGAGCAUCAAAAACAGGUUUAAACUGUUAAAAACUUAAAGAUACAAAAAUCAUUAUAUGAAAAACUGUGCAAUUUUGUAGAAAAGACUCUUUGAAAAUUUUACUUAUGCUUCACCACCAAUAUGUUUUUUUUUUUUUUUGUCCGGUUUCUUCUGGUUCUAAAUUCCCAAUUAAGUAUUUUUAUUAGUCUUAAUGCUCUCUUAAGCACUCAAAAAAAAAAAAUGAUGUGUGCUUCUUGACAAAUGGGAAAUAGGAAUCAAAUGAAGAAAAAAAAAUUAAAAAAAUAAGUCAUUUAUAAAGAUGAGUUUUGAAUCUUGUUUAUAAGCUUUUAUGUAGCUAGGAAUUCAUAAUAUUGCUCAUUUGUUAGUACAAAAUUUCAUAUUUGUCAUUUUAAGGUUUUGUUUCUUAAUAUUUUAAUUUUUUGAAAAAUAAUAUUUGAGCUUAUGAUAUAUUUGAUCGAUGCUUUCUUUAUCCGUGCAUUUGAAUUUAUAUUACAUUUUGCAUUGUAACUAAAAUUGUGAUGUUUGAGAUUUUUGAUUUAUUUAAAAAACAUUUUUUUUUAACAGUUUAAACCUUGUUUGACUUUCAUGCAUCAAAAACCAGCUAACAAAAGCAAAGAUAUUCAUAUGGAAAAUUUUUUGAUUUCCCCAAAAUUAUAGUUUUAAUUAAUGAAAUGGUAGGAACAGUUGCACAGUAUGACUCAGUGGCUGAAACGUAUCCAGUUUUGCAAUACUAUUUGCCUAUUACAAAAAUAAUUAUGUUACUCACAGCUUUUAGGCUGCUGUUGAAGAAUCAAAAUGGACUUUUCAUCAAAGGUCAUGUGAUAAACUUUUUUUUUUCUUUUCUCAUUUAGGAUGCCCUGUUUUGAGUAAUAAACGCAGGAACUCUGUACAUAGUAUUCUUUCAAAUAACUUGUGCAACACUUUGUAUUUUUGUGUACUUUGUUGCAUGUAUGUUCUGUUAACGCAAAUCAAAAUAGGUACCUGUUUCUUUCAACUCUUUUUUUAAUAUUUUUCUACACUGUAUAAAACAUUUAUAAUUACACUUACUAAUGUUUGGUGAAAUAGAUGUAAAGUAUAUGAUGAGACAUGUUGAGCCUGUGAGACAUGAUACAAAGAUUUUGCCAUGUUGAUAUUUAUAAGUGUAAUUUGAUUUCUUUUGGAAAGAUCGCGAUGAAUCAUUUUGAAAAACAUACUUGUUAUGACUGAAGCUUGUAAGUUUUUUUUUUGUUGCCAAGUUUAUAUGCAAUCAUAUGUUUGCAAAUAUUUUUAAUUACAUCAUAAAUGUAUUAUUUAUUAUAUUAUUUAAAAAAAUACCUUCAUGUACUAAAGCAAAUUAUAGCUUUAUUUAAUAAAAACUUCAAGACCAAUACUGCACACUAGGUUGGAGAAAAAAAAUUACAUUUUCUAAUUGCGACCAAAACUUGAUCCAAACCUCUACAAAAGUACAUCCUGAAAUAUUUUUAAUUUAUUUUGAGUCUAUCUACCAGCACGAUUUGUUAGUCCUUUUUAUUAUUAUUACCAAAGCUAGGAAAUAAUUACAAAUUAGAAACUGAAACUCUCUCUCUCUCUCUACAUAUCAAUACACGCAGUGUAGGAGAAUAGGUUUUAUAUGAAAAUACUGCAGUGAGGCCGCGGCAUGUUGUAUGUGACUUCCCGAUGUAACUCGAAUGCUGGUUAGUUCCAUAAAAAAGUCCUCCACGAAGGCAAAUUUCACCCUAUACUUGAUCCAUGAGUUUCCUUGUUUUCUAGAUUUUGUUCUAAAUUACAAAGCUAUGAAUUUGAAUAUCAGUGGUCGUAAACCCAUAAUUGUGUUGGUUAGUAAAAUCUCCGUUAUUUUAUUUCUCCAAUGUUGGCAGGUAUGAAUAGGUUAAUUUUAGAAAUAAAUGCGCCAAUGGAAGAUAAAUUCUAAAAAAAUGAAUUUUUAUGCAAUACAGAAUACCAUAAGAGUAGGUCAAACUAUUUUUACUAUUAAAAAUUCAAUAGAGAAUGUUUAACAUCGAAGAGCAUAGUUAUAUUUCUUUGUGAAGAAUAUUUUGUUAUCUUGUGCAAUAGCUUGUAUAAAAUUUGCAUAUCAAUUAAUAAUAAAUAAAUGUUGGUUCUUUAAUCAUUGAGUUUUAUCUGUUUAUCUUAAACCUUUGUUAAAUUUUUUAAGCAACCAAUAAUUUUUUGUUUUUAACUGUGCAGUGUUGUAGUAAAUUUUGAUUAGAUAAUGAUACAAAACACAAAAGCCUUUUAUUUUUGCAUCUAAGUAAAAAUAUGAGAUAUGUUUAUCAAUGCAGCUGCAUCCGUAAAAUAUCAUUUGAUACAUUAAUAAAUAUCAAUCUGGAUGGUUAACUUUGUAUCAUUGCCAUUGUUGAAUUAGGUAUUGAAAUGAUUAUGCUGUGUGAAAAGAAUCUGUGAUGCUUAUUUUCUCUGAUAUGAUGGAACAUAUAUAUUAUGUGAGAUAUGCAGGUGUGUGUGGAGUUAUGUAAAAAAAUAUAUUUUCUCUUUUAUUCUAUCUUAAUAUUUAUUGCUUAGUGUGCAUUUUGUUCUAGCUUUUAAUGCAAAUGCUUUGCUCAAGUGUGAAUCUUUCAAUUCUGCAAUUUUUAGUUUUCUACUACAUUCUUUUCUUAUCUUAUUUAUUUGUUAAAAGGCUGUAUUGAGUCCCUGGAAUAUAGGAAAGCUUAGCUAUUUAGGAUUUUAUUGUAUACUGAAGAGGUAAAUAAAAAAGCAUCUACGAUUGACAUCGAAAACUCAUUGUGAUUAUCAAUAAGUAUGCAUGUGUUGUUCGUUUCAUAAAUUAUUACAAUACGGUUGACGUCUAAUGUAACGACUCUCAUGGUCCUGUGGAGAAACAAUGUUAUAGCAUGAUUUCACUAUAGUGUGAAUGCACAAAAAUGCCUUAAAUAUGAUAUCAUGGGCUAGGAUAGCCUUGUUGGCAGGGCAUGUCCAAGAAGUCCUGGGUUCGAUCCCCACCAGCCGAAGACUCCCAGUGUAGUACAUAAAGACUGAUGCAUGUUAAAUCUGUUGGGUCACUAAGUCCUCCAAGUUCCCAUAACAAAUCAUGCCUCUGGGGGUACUGAUCUGGGCGUUGUUGUCUUCUGGAUUGGUUCAAAAUAACAAGGCUACGAAGUUGACAUCAGCAGACUUGUCCCACGUAAAUACUUAUUAAAAAAAAAUACUUGACCAAUUUUAAAAAACUAUACUUCAAUAAGAAUUUGUUAACUAGCAGAAAAAUUGCUGAAAACUUAAAAUUUUUUUCUAUAAUAAUAUAUGUCUUAAAGUACCCUUUAAAAUAGUAAUUCAUGGGUGGAAAAUGCAUUACCUAGUUUGGUACUGCCAUUUCUGAUAAAUAACAUACGUCUCGGUGACUACAGAGACUUUACGAAUUAAAAUUAACCACAUGUUUCAGGAAUGAACUAUGAAUGCCUUAAAUGGCUACCAUCUAGGACAGCGUAACAACUUAAUCAUUGAAUCUGUGAUGCAUUUUAUUGAUUGUGGUAACAUGAAAUGAAAUAAUGAUUAAGUAAAAAUUAAAUGAUUAAGUUUUGGCCAUCGUGAUGAAAGAAACAAUGCAACACGAAAAUUGUAAUGAAUCAUUAAACUUGGUGAUCAAAAUGGGCUGCAGGUGGAGUAUAGCAGAACUCUUUACUUAUGGCAACACUUUGCAUUAUUUCGCCAUUAGUGACUUGAGAGUCAUACAAAAAGGAAGUAGUUAGUUUCCCUCUUUAUUUUCAAAAACAUUAAAAACUUCUAAGUUAGGAAACUAUAUUGAAUUGAAAGC